AUGUCUCGAAUGUCUGGUGGCCGGAUUGUCGCUGCAAUCGCAGUCGUCAUCUUCCUAAUCCUCCUCUUCCACAACGAGCAACCUGCCGCUCUCCUCCCCUACCUCUCCAACCUCCCCACGCCAGCCAAAUUCACCAAAUCCACGCCAGAGCAACAAGCCGCGCUGCGCGAACGCAUGGCGCUGUCUGAAAAGGCGUGGAAGAAGAGCGUGGAGCAACGGGACGCAAUGGCCAAACAAGACGAACAGUACCCAAACAUUCCCUUCUUCCCCAUGGACUUUAUAAAGGCCCCGUACACCAUCUGGGACUUUUUCCCCUCCACCUGGACCUGCCCGCUCGACAUCCAGCGCAUCGGCCGCCUCGGCGACGGCGGGAAAUGGGUCUGUGGCAUGAGCGUGUACGAAUCCCUACCGGUGCCCGAGAAGCGACCGGGCCUAUCGCCCUCGCAGGCCCCCGUCUACGCUCCCCAAGACGGCCUCGUAGUCUACAGCUUCGGCAUCAACGCCGAAUCCUCGUUUGAAGCCGAGCUGCUCGAGCGCGUGCCCAGCGCCCGCAUCUGGGGCUACGACUUCAGCGUCGACGCCUGGGGCCCGCAAAUCAAGCCAGAAUACCGGCCACGCACGUAUUUCAAAAAGGUGGGCCUCGGCAAGACAGACCAGCACGACAGCUCGCCGCCGUUUUGGACGCUCCCGUCGCUGAUGAAGGAAAAUGCGCACUCGUACAUUGAUAUUUUGAAAAUCGACAUCGAGGGCAGCGAGUACGAUGCGCUGGACACGAUGAUGGAUGCGUUUGAGAACACGCGGUCGGCGGCGGGCAAUGGCAUCAUGCCCAUUGGCCAGGUCAUGAUUGAGUUGCAUCUCGGCGAUGGCGUUCAUCUCGAGGGAACAACCGAGGGCGGGGCCGCCGUCGACUUUCACCGCUUUCAGACGUGGUGGGAGCGGCUGGAGAAGAUGGGCAUGCGGCCCGUGUGGAUGGAGAUUAACUUGUUUGCCGUCACCCUGGGUACGGGCAAGUCGGAUCCCCGCUGCACAGAGUAUGUCUGGGUGAAUGCAAAGGAUGAGCGGAGUGUGCUUUGGAAUGCGUGA